AUGGACAAUGCAACUCUAGCAUCAUUAGCAGAUCCACUCCGGGGAUUCUGCCCUCCGCCUUUCUAUGAUGUGUCUCAGUUCGGCCUGGAUGGUUUUACUGCCGGACGUUUUUGUGCGCCCGUCGACAGAAUAAAGAAAGGCUUGGUCUGUUGCUUACCAUGCCCACUGACAGACUUUCUAUACCCUGCUGAAUUCAACACAUGGUACCGAGCAGCAGAGGCCUUGAAUGUGGCUGGUCUCAUCUGUCUCGUUUUCCUAAUGGCAACCUUCUUGAUUCUCCCAGCCGAGAAGACCCGUCGACACUAUCUGAGCUAUUGCUUGAUAAUUGCUGCGAUGCUCAUGGCUCUCGGCUUCGUCAUACCUUUUGGAGCAGAACCCGACCAGUGUUACGACAAGAUAACGCCCAACGAUAUGUAUUCGAGCUUGACCUGUGCUUUCUCUGGUGCUUUUCUGAUCUCAGGGGGCAUGUCAAUCUGUGUAUGGAUUUUCAUUCGCGCACUGUCGAUGCACCUGCAGAUCUGCUGGGACGUAACGCCGGGAAGAAAAUUCUUCUACUGGGCACAGGGACUGGGGUGGACCGUCGCUGCAACCUUCUUCACGAUUACCAUCACCAUCACAGGUGUCUCAUUCCGCUUUGGCGAUGUCUGUCACGUCAACUCCGAACACUCCAUGAAGGACUUCUGGGGCCCUCUCCUAGCAAUUGCCUGUGGUGCCAUGGUGAUCCAGCUUUCAACUUUCGUAUACUGUAUCAAAGUGUACUUGCAGAACAUGUGGAGCGACGAGAAGACUGAGACUCACAGCAGCGCGGGGCUGCCUUCGUACACGAACAGCGUCCAGACAAGAUCUGCUCGAGCUGUGUAUCGUCGUGUGCGAAAGGUGCUAUGGCUCCAGUGGAGAGGCAUUACCAUUGUCGUCUUCAUUCUCGUCGAUGUCAUCUUCUUCUCAAUCGUGUUCAUUUGGCUCAACUCGCUUCAGACGCACGCACUCGACCAUCUCGAAGAUCUACAACCAUACCUGCAAUGUCUCAUCAAUUCGCCACGCAACCCGGAGCCCUGCCUGAAAUAUGGCCAAGGGCUGGCGAUCAACCAGUCCACAGUCAUAGCAGUGUUGAUAAUGUUGUCUUUUGCUGGGUUGCAGGUCUUUUUCUUGCUCCUUCGAUGGAGCAUGCUGACUGGGUGGGUGGAAUUCUUCAAAGUGAAGUUCAGUAAGAACCGAGAGUUUGUCUCUUUGGAUGCCAAACACCACCAAGAAAACUCCAAGAACUACGAGCUGCGGAAGUUCGAACAGACAGACCUACAGUCACCCCCACAUGCUUUCGCCAGCCCGGACGCUGCAGAUCACCACGACGGCGCACCCAAUUAUUUUCAAAAAGAGACUGAGAGACCGUACAGAAGCCCAACGCAGAGCUACUCCACGCCACGGCCGUUCUCACAAGGCACAAUCGCAGCUUAUUCGCGCGUUGAUUGGGAUCCACGAAGCACACAUGCCAGAGGAGGCUUGGGUUUGCACCCUCCUGAUUUCGAUGCAAAGAUCUGA